CUCUGGCUGUGUCGCAUCACUUGUUAGUGGCACCAGUGCACCACUGCAACCCGAAAGUCACAAUCUAGAUUGAGCAUCAUCCAUUCCAACAACUCCGCUGCAGAAUCACCUGAGCACCUUCCGUACCUACCCUGCCGUGUCGUUCUUCCUUUCGCUUCCGCUUCAUCCUCUUUCGACUUUGAGGAUUCUCUUUGACUUCUUCUCCGCCCUGAAGACUCUCUUGUGUAUAUUUCCACAAUUCACUUUGGUCGCAAGCUCUGUUAACGCCCGAUUACGAAUGGUGGCGCCCCAAAUUGACAGGCUGAAUCGCCAGUACCCGUACAUUGAAAUAACGUUAGAACUCGGAACUCGACAGCAGAGCAUCGAUUCCGCAACACCCUCGUUCCCGAACAUUCACGAACCGACGCAAACAUGCGUCCCCCGAGGAUCGCUAUCCUCGUCCUCUUCUUCGCCGCCUGCCUGUUCCUCCUUUGCCGCUCCAUUACUUCAGUUGGGCAAGCCGGUCCCACUGCAACCGUCCCAGCAGCCAGCCAGCAGCAGUCAGGCUUCCGAUCCUUCUUUUCCUUCUCAGCGCCCUUCACGCUUUUCCCACCAAAUGCCAUCAUAACAAUUGCCAACGACAACAGUACGUCUUUCGCCGCGCGACCCGCUGCCUUUGGACCCCCGCUUCCGACGAAAGGUCUCGAUGGUCAAUUAUGGAUAGGCAGUGGUUUCACCGAGGAGUCACUGCAGGAUGGCGAAGGCGAAGGGGAGCUCGGCUGUAGUGAUGUGCCCGGAUGGGACGAUGGAACCAAUAAUGCAGCCUUGAAGACGGCAUCCAAGGAAGUCAAGUCCAAGUCCAAGUCCCCGUCAGGUACUGCUGCGAGCAAGACCAAAAGCCUCAAGCGCGACGAUGACUCCAAGAGUCCUAUGGUAGAUCGAACCGCCGCGUCCGAUUCGAAAUCGAAGACCAAGGAAAAAUCAGUAGACGACGGCACCGACGACUAUUUACAAGACGGUCUAGAAACGUCACAGAAAUCCCAGACCGAUGCUAAUAGCCUAUCAGGCUCUGGCCAUGCCGAUAUUCAAUCUAUCCAGGAGGGGGCCGAGAUUGCCGGCAAGAUUGUGCUUCUGAGUCGCGGCGGCUGCGGAUUCUUGGAGAAGGUCAAGUGGGCACAAAGACGAGGUGCUGUGGGCUUGAUCGUGGGUGACAACCAGCGAGGCGGUCCGCUCAUACAGAUGUUCGCCCGUGGUGACACAUCAAAUGUGACCAUACCCUCCAUUUUCACAUCUCGUACUACGGCAUAUCUGCUCUCUUUGAUGAUGCAGCCUGGAAGCUAUAUUGAGGACAUAAUUGAUGAGAACGGAAAGCCCUCGCUGCAAGUUCAACACUCGGAUAAGGCCCGUAAGAACAAAAAGACUACAGCCACGGCCGUCGUUCCUAAGGCUACUGCUACGCCCAAAGCCAAGGCUUCAGCGGCGAAGAACGCUCCCUCAACGACUGGUGACCCUGCCGGAUCAGAACCUCGCAGCCAAAGCUGGUUCGCUCAAAUAUUUAGCUGGCAUUCGAGCUCUGACUCUGCUGAUAGGAGCCGGCCGCCUAACAGUGGUCAGCACGACUGGGUCCUGGUAGAGGAUUUUUCUGACGAAAAGGACAAGAUUAUCAGAAACAGCCUCGAGAAGGCAUCAAAGUCCGAAACGGAAAAGGAUUCAAAAUCAAGCUCCAAACAAUCAAAUGGCGAUGGAUUCCAGAUUGGUGUCGAAGACUGGCGGGAUCCGGACUUAGUAGGAUCCCAGGGCCCUUCCAAGGGCAGCAAUAAGCCUUCAGAGAAGUCCGGUCAAAGCACUACGAGCAAACAGGAUAUCAAGAGUUCCAAAGACCCUAACGGUCCAAAAGAUAAAAGCAUCACAAAGACCAAGUCUGACAAGACCGACUCCAAAUCCAGCGGUCAUGGCGGGCUUCUUGCCAAACUUUUUGGUGAUGACGAUGGUGCAGACUUUUCCCAGACCGAGCUGCACCCUCCUCCCAUCAACACACCCAUUAUUGAGAAGCCGGCACCUGGCGAGAAUGGCCCUUCUCCCCCUGAGGAACGCGAAGGCCUUUGGGUUAUUAUCACGCCUUCGAGUGGCGCUAGCCCCUUCUUUGAUACGCUCUUAGUUUUGGUUAUCAGCCCACUGAUUACCUUGACUGUGGUAUAUGCGCUCCUCAUUCUGCGAGCGCGUAUUCGCCGUCGGAGAUGGAGGGCUCCCAAAUCCGUUGUGGAGAGACUUCCGGUUCGAACGUACCAUACUGUGGCGUCCACCCCGAGCCCUUCUCCCAGAUUGCAGUCUCCCUCGCCUCCAUCCCCGACGACACCAUUAUUACAGAGUCAACAUGGUCCUUCGAGGCCUAGACCGCGCUCCAGGACGACUACAGGUGUUCCGUCAGCGGGAGACUUGCUACAGGUCAACUCCAGUCUACAGAUACCGAGGUCGCCCACACGAGGGGAGCACGAGAAGACCAUAUCAAGCGAGUGGAAGAAGUACAUGGGCCGACAGGUCGAAUGUGUUGUGUGUCUUGAGGAAUAUGUGGAUGGCGUUAGCCAGGUUAUGAGUCUACCUUGUGGCCACGAAUUCCACGUAGAUUGCAUCACCCCAUGGUUAACAACCCGGCGACGUACCUGCCCCAUCUGCAAAGGUGACGUGGUAAGGUCUUUGGCUCGAGGUUCAACGUCGAGCCCACGAUAUGAGCCGUAUCGCGAUGACAGUGAUGACGACUUCCUGGCCCAAGGAUCAAGCUCGUCAGCUAAUCUGUCGCCCCGUUCAGCUUCGCGGCAAGAUGAUGGAUCAGACGUGGAGCAAGGCAUCUUGUCACCUGCACCCCGUAGGGCGCACCGGCAGGUCCCCCAAGAAGGCUGGCUGGGCAUACUCUCGAACGGUUUUCGAAAUGCGACGUCGUCGCGUCCACGGUCUAGUGGUGAAUCGGAAGAGGACCGGGCCAGAUGACAUGGAGUCCGACGGUGUUAGACGCAUCACAUAUGACUAUUUGCGAUACCACAUACAUUUACAAACGGCGUUCGACUAGUGCCAUGUCUUCAUCUUCUCAUUGUGGCACCCA